UUGGGAUCGGGACAUUUGAAAUUGGAGAAUCCAGAUCUUCAACACUGCUCUGAGAAAUCUGUCCCCCUCGUCCCCCAACCCUAGAGUGCUGGGGAGCCAUGGGAGGCUGUGAACAGGGGAGGCACUGAGUCAGCUCUGACUGUCAGUGUCUUUGGAACAAGGAAGAGGAUGGAAGCUGGGAGGUGGCCCCGGGGAAAAUUUUCUCCCACAGUCUGCCGGACCCGAGGUUGAGAGGAGCAGCAGCUGAACUGGGCAUUCUCAUGAGUCUUGUCACUAGUGCUGGGGGGUCCAGGGUGGCAACUUGCCCACCUGUGGACCACAGGCACAGGGACAGCGCCAGAGACUCCAACCGUGUCCCCCCCAACCCCGGGUUCCCGGACUUUCACUCCACCAACCUUCCCGCUGGCAUUAUAGGCAUCCAACUCUGUUUGUUCCACCUUAGAACUAACUUCCCGGUUACCAGAAAUACGGAGACUAAAGAAACAAGUACAGUCAAAGGUCAUCACCCACAGGUCCCAUCUCUGAAUUCUCCUCGCUAAAUUCUCUGUAAUCCCAAAAUGCAUGCCCUUUGCCUUCUCGUGGUCAUUAGUGGACAUGGGCAGAACGGCCAAAAUUUUGAGUUGCUGGAUACACACAUGGUCCCAGGUGUGGUCCCAACGAGGUGACACUCUGAACUCAUUCAUCCUCAAAGCAGCCUGUGAAGCACAGAUGGCACUCAUUCCCAUUGUAUGGAUUUGAUGAAUGAGGAGGCACAGAGAGGUGUUCCGCCACGGUGACCGGGCCCCGCUGGCCUCCUACCCCACGGACCCACACAAGGAGGCGAUCGCAGCUGUGUGGCCGAGAGGCCUGGGACAGCUGACAGGGGAGGGGGUCCGCCAGCAGCUGGAGCUGGGACGGUUCCUGAGGAGCCGCUAUGAGGCCUUUCUGAGCCCGGAGUACCGGCGGGAGGAGGUGUAUGUUCGCAGCACUGACUUUGACCGCACGCUGGAGAGUGCUCAGGCCAACCUCGCAGGGCUGUUCCCUGAGGCUGCCCCGGGACGCCCAGAGGCUGCCUGGAGGCCCAUCCCGGUGCACACAGUACCCGUCACCGAGGACAAGCUGCUGAGGUUCCCCAUGCGCAGCUGUCCCCGAUACCAUGAGCUGCUAAGAGAGGCCACAGAGGCGGCGGAGUACCAGACUGCCCUGGAGGGCUGGACCGACUUCCUGACUCAUCUGGAGAACGUCACCGGGCUGUUGUUGGUUGGAGAGCCGCUCCGCAGGGCAUGGAAGGUUCUAGACACACUGAUAUGCCAGCAAGCCCAUGGUCUUCCCCUCCCAUCCUGGGCUUCUCCGAAAGUCCUACGGACCCUAGCCCAGAUCUCAGCUUUGGAUAUUGGGGCCCACGUGGGUCCACCCCGAGCAGCCGAGAAGGCCCAGCUGACAGGGGGGAUCCUGCUGGAUGCCAUCCUUGCCAACUUCUCUCGGGCCCAGCACCUGGGGCUGCCCCUCAAGAUGGUUAUGUACUCAGCUCACGACAGCACCCUGCUGGCCCUCCAGGGAGCCCUGGGUCUCUACGAUGGGCACACCCCACCGUAUGCUGCCUGCCUCGGCUUUGAAUUCCGGAGGCGCCUCGGGGACCCGGAUGAAGAUGCAGGGAAUGUCACCAUCUCCCUCUUCUACCGCAACGACUCCACCGGACUGCCCCUGCCCCUCAGCCUCCCCGGGUGCCCAGGCGCCUGCCCGCUAGCCCGCUUCCGCCAGCUCACUGCCCCGGCCCGGCCUCCAGCUCACGGGGUCCCCUGCCAUGGCUCCCAUGAGCCUGCCACCCCUGCAGCCACUGUGGUGCCCCUGCUGGCCGGGGCUGUGGCAGUGCUGGCCGCGCUCAGUGUGGGGCUGGGCCUGCUGGCCUGGAGACCCAGCUGCCUGCGGGCCUGGGGGGGCCCUGUGUGAGCUGGGAACACGGGCACCCCCUCCUCCACAGCUGGCAUUGCACCCCAACAUGUCUGCU